UAUGGUAAAAAGUUGCACACCACUGGUCGGUCAAUUUGUAGUUUUUAGUUGGAUAUAAAGUCCGGUUUAGAGACUACAGAAAUGCUGAAAUUUCUUUCCCACAAUUUAGUGAGGACUAUGUUCUUACUGAGUGUAAUAACUGUAGAACAUGUGCAUUCAUCCAACUGCACAAGUCGCCGAUGUCUGAGUAACGUGUUGAUAGAUAAAAAUCUGUUGUCGCAGCCACAGAACGAUAGCUGCACUCACGAAGUCCGAGUGCCAAAAUUAGAGUACCAGACUCUGGAAGUUAACACAAAGCAACUCCGUCUACUAAUUCUUCUACAAGCCUCGAUCGAAUGGGAAGAUCCUGAGUUGGCGUGGGACACAUCGGUGUACAAGUUUGAUGAAGUAAUUCUGCCAGUAGACAAAAUCUGGACUCCAGAACUCCUUGUAACAAACGCAAUGACAUCAACUCUGAAGCACGGCUCUGCUAAUGUGCUGGUGUACAGUAACGGCACAGUGAAGGACGAUCUGAUCAUAUAUGCAGAGGUGAACUGUGAAGUUAACCUGUUCAACUAUCCCUUCGCUUAUGAUGUGUGUCCUGUUGCAGUACAAGCCUGGGACACUGACAAAUGUGGUACAACACUGGUGUUUGGUGAAGUGAGACUAAGUGAUAAUAGUCACGGAGACUGGCAAACGGUGGAUGCAAAACUUCAGAAAAAACGAGAUGACCGCAAUUACAUCCAGGUGGAACUAAAACUCAAACCUACCAACCCGUUCUUAACAUUGAUGCUGCCCAGUUAUUUGAUCCUCUUUGUUGAUAUAGUCAGCUUUGCUCUGCCACUGCGAGGUGGAGGACGCAAUGCUUUCAAGGUCACCCUGGUGCUCAGCUUCACCCUGUUUAUCAAUAUCCUAAAUAGCCAGCUCCCCGGAGACAGUGAAUGCAGCCCAAUAAUCCGACCCCACUUCUGUAUUUGCCUGAUCUUCUUGAUUGUGAGCAUGCUGGUGUCCAUGCUAACUACUAGGCUAUCCCUAGAAGGCCAACUGGUUUUCUGCUGUUGGUCCAAAGGAUCAGCCCCCAAAAUUACAGAAAACAAGGAACAAAAUGAGGAUGAGGAAACUAAAGCUAACAUUAGCACCAUCCAGCCGAAUGGCUCAGAGAACAGUCGAAUACUCAGAAAAGUGGCCAAAUACUUGGAAACUCAUGAGACCAACGAAGCGGAAAAGGAGAGACAACACAAGUUUGCGGACAUGUUGGACAAGACUUUUUUCUGGAUCUAUUUCAUUGGUGGCCUUGGAUACCUUGUUAUGAUGACUGUAAUAAUGUUAAAUUAUAAAUGUGAAGUUAACCAUUUUGAUUUCUGGUAUAACUGAUGUGCAUCAAGAGCUGCUCUUAAAACCAAACUACAUUUAUUUAAAGCUAAAUCUUAGGGUACAUGUCAGCUGCAAUGACUGAUAAAACCCUCUGCAUGUGUGUAUUAGAUUAGUUAAACCACACUGUCACUAUGAUAUGCUAAUUACAGAUGUCUACAGAUGUGUGCAAAUGUGUAGUUGUACUGUGUCUUUGGGUGUUUAGCAAAAAAGAUGUUAUUGCAUACUUCUAAAAAUAAGAGAAAUAAAGACAUUUAACUUUCA